AUGACGCACAUUGCGGUCGUGUUCGCCGACACCGAGUAUGACGUGGAAGUCGACGUCAAUGACACUGCGGCGGUCUUGUCGUUUCAAUUGUAUUCGCUGCUUGGUGUGUACGUGGAGUCGCAGGUUCUCGUGACGUCGACGGGCCGCAAGGUCGCGAUGGAUGACACGAUCGCAUCGAUUUCGAAACCCAUCCCAUGGUUGCUUCUUGUCGACUCCGCAGCUCCCUCUUCGUCGUUCAGUCCCGCCACGGAUUCGGAUUGGAGAGACUCGUGCACUCGACUUGUCGCUCCUUCCAUCCCCCUCGUCCAGGCGGCGUUCGACUUCAACGGAUCGCCAAUAUGCCAAUCAUGCGCAACGACUUGCGCGCUCGCUUCGGGAUCCCUUGUCCCUGCAGUUUCGAACUCGGCCGAAACGAGAGAUCGCCUUCGGCAAUCGUUUAUCUGCGACCUCGACGUCGUCGUCGGCGCUGCGGACGUUCCGCCCCCGAUGGGAUUUACCAAGCUCAACGCAGACUUGAACCACACAGCGUCGGGACCGUUUGUUUUUCUAUGCUACAAGCGAGGCGGAAGCCGUCUGCCGAUCUCGCAUGUAAAGCUCAUCCACGGCGAAGCACCUCCACUCGUUGAAGGCUACACUGUGCUUCCAGUCAACUUGAACCACGGGACUAAGAGCAAUACCGGCAUUUACUUGUGCUUUCAACGGCUUGCGGGGGAAGACUGGCGGCAGCUGUCCGGGCUGGCAUUGCAGGAGCUGGACGUAUCUUCUUCACGAGUUGGCGGGAAUGGCUUUGUCCGGUCGCAAGUGGAUGUGAAUGAAGGCAACGUCGGGGCGACGCCGCUCUUCCUGCGCUACAAGGUGAAUCCUGUUGCUGGAUUUAUCUGCGGGUCACAUGGCGAGUGCUUGUUUGAGCCGCGAAUUGCUGGCACGUCGUCGUCGAGGUCGUGGCCGCAAUUGUCGGCCCACCAGGUCCAUGCUGCGCAAGUGAUGGAUGGUUUGGUGCGCGACAAGUGGAAUACCGAAGCUGCGCGACAUUUUGAGCAACAAGAAGCCCAGCUCAAGCAAAUGCUCGCAGGACAGUUGCAAAACAUGCUCAAGUACGAGCGACAGGAUUACCAGGCAAGCGCGUUGGCUACGAUUCCGUUGGCUUUGCUCCACGACCUGCUGCGGCAGCUGAUUCGAUGGUUUAAGCACGAGUUCUUCUCGUGGAUGAAUUCUCCGGCGUGCCAAGUGUGCGGCGCCGGCACGCAAAACGUUCGCCAAGAUGGCCCGGUGACCCCCGAAGAGAUUGCAGGGGGGGCUGGCCGUGUCGAAGUCUACCAGUGCACGUCUUGCCGCGCGUUGACGCGAUUUCCUCGAUACAACGACCCGACCAAGCUGCUGCAAACGCGAACGGGACGGUGCGGCGAGUGGGCCAACUGCUUUACUCUGUGCUGUCGGGCAUUGGGAUAUGAAGCGCGCUACGUUCAUGACUUUACGGACCACGUGUGGACAGAAGUGUACAGCUCGCACCAUGGGAGAUGGCUCCAUUGCGACCCGUGCGAGGACCAGCUCGACUGCCCGCUCACGUACGAAGUCGGGUGGGGCAAGAAGCUCAACUACAUCUUUGCCACGUCGGUGGAUGAAAUCGUGGACGUUGCGCGGCGAUACACGCGGGAUUUUGAAGCGUUGCUGGACCGACGGACAAAGGCAAGAGAGCCACAACUCGCCCGCAUCUUGAAGGAACUGAACGCGACCAAAACCCACACACCAGCGAAAAAACAGAUCUUGGCAGCACGUGCUGCAGCGGAGGAACGCGAGCUGGCCGCCACGAAGCAAGUCAAGGCCCACGAAACAGUCGGACGUGUGUCGGGGUCCAAGGAGUGGCGAGAUGCCCGCAAUGAAUCGGGCUAUGCGAGUGCUGCUGACGCGGCCGUGGCCACCACUACCAUGGCUGGUAUUGCGCCGUCGUCAACCUCUGCCAUGGAUGUGAACCAACUCUUGCGCAGGUAA